AUGGAGGAGGAGGCCGGGAAUGCCCCCUGCGAACACUUUGAGGCCAAUGUGCUUGCCCAGAGCUGCUGUCAAAACUGCUUCCACCCCGAGGAGGCCCACAGAGCAAGGCACCAGGAGCCCGAGAGCCCUCCAAGUGCUGAGGCACCCUACUGCGACCUGCCCCGCCACCCGCCUGCCUCUGAGGACCCGCACAGUGCCUCGACCUCUGAGUGCCAGUCUGUGGUGGGCCUUGGCAUUGGGCCAGGAUCCAAGAGGGGCCCAUCAGCAGGGCUCCCUGCAGAGGGCCCCACAGCCACCCCCAGGAGCAGGAGCUGGGACCCCGAGGCAGUGCCCUAUCUGGAGGGCCUGGCCUCCUCCCUGUGUGGCAGCUUCGACGAGGGCCCUGACUCUGGCACCAGCUCCAGCCCUGACUGCGACACCCCUGAUGAUACCAGCAACUCGUCCUCUGUGGACUGGGACAUUGUCGGAAGGCAGGAGGAGGCCCCCAGCUGGGACAAGUUCACCGCGAUGAUCCCUCGGAAGCUGCAGGAGGGGUCAAGAGCUGACAGUGCCCAAAGGGCUCCGUCUGUCCUCACCCGGUCCCCUGUGGGAGGAGACACUGCGGGCCAAAGAAAGGAGGAUACUGGUGGCGGGAGCCGAAGUGCCGGACAGCACUGGGCAAAGCUCCGGGGAGAGAGUGGGUCCUUCUUGGAGCGGCACCGGUCUGUGCUAACCCAGGCUUCCUCUGUGACAUCACAAGGCGGACCUCGAAGUACCACCCCCCAGGCUUCCUCUCUCCACCGCUCUGCCCAGAGGGAUGUUGCCCAGACAGCUUCCGUACAACUCGACACCCCCCGAGCGUCCUCUCCCUCCCAAACAGCCCAACGGGACCACUCCAGAACCUCGUCCACCCAACAGGACACCCCCAGGACUUCUUCCACGCAGCGGAGCACCCCCAGAACGUCCUCACCCUCAAGAAUCACCCAACGGGAUCACCCCAGAACCUCAUCCACUCAACGCAGCAGUCCUCGGGUGUCUUCUUCCCCUAGAGCUGCCCAACAGGACAACCCUCAGACUUCUUUUUCUACAUGUACUUCCCAACCGGAAAACUCUAGAACGCCCUGUGCCCAGCGGGACAACCCCAGAGGUUCCUCUCCCAACAGAACCACCCAGCGGGAAAACUCUAGAACGCCCUGUGCCCAGCGGGACAACCCCAGAGGUUCCUCUCCCAACAGAACCACCCAGCGGGAAAACUCUAGAACAUCCUGUGCCCAGCGGGACAACCCCAGAGGUUCUUCUCCCAACAGAACCACCCAGCGGGAAAACUCUAGAACAUCCUGCACCCAGCGGGACAACCCCAGAGGUUCCUCUCCCAACAGAACCACCCAGCGGGAAAACUCUAGAACAUCCUGUGCCCAGCGGGACAACCCCAGAGGUUCCUCUCCCAACAGAACCACCCAGCGGGAAAACUCUAGAACAUCCUGUGCCCAGCGGGACAACCCCAGAGGUUCUUCUCCCAACAGAACCACCCAGCGGGAAAACUCUAGAACAUCCUGCGCCCAGCGGGACAACCCCAGAGGUUCCUCUCCCAACAGAACCGUCCAGCGGGAAAAUUCUAGAACGCCCUGUGCCCAGCGGGACAACCCCAGAGGUUCCUCUCCCAACAGAACCACCCAGCGGGAAAACUCCAGAACUUCUUGUGUUCAGCAGAACACCCCCAGAACCUCCUCCACCCAGCGGGACACCCCGCAGUCCUCUUCUGUGCGGCGGGACAACCCCGGAGGCUCCUCCCCUCAGUGCUGCACCCAACAGAACAAUCCUGGACCAGCGUCUCCCCAUCGCUCCGCUCAGCGGAACAACCCCAGGAAUUCUUCUCCCCAUCGCACUAACAAAGACAUACCCUGGGCCUCCUUUCCCCUCCGGCCGACCCAGAGUGACGGCCCCCGAACCUCCUCCCCAUCUCGUUCCAAGCAAAGUGAGGUUCCCUGGGCAUCUAUUGCCCUUCGGCCAACCCAAGGGGACAGACCUCAGACUUCAUCGCCCAAUAGGCCAGCUCAGCGUGACUCACCCCAGUCCCCCUCCGGCCCUCCCCAGCACAACUCACCAGCCCGGGCCACUUCCUCUUCUCACAGCCCUGGCCACCACGGUGCCUCCCGGACUUCCUCACCCCUGUACCUCGCUUCUCGAGGGGCAUUCCAGACCUCUUUCGAGUCCUCCCAGCCUCCAUGUGCUGUGUGCAUUGGGCACCGGGAUGCCCCUCGAGCCUCUUCACCUCCUCGCUAUUUGCAGCAUGACCCGUUCCCCUUCUUCCCAGACCCCCAUGCCUCUGAGAGUGAAUCGGUCCACCACGAGCCCCCUUAUAUCCCGCCGGCCGUGUGCAUUGGACACCGGGAUGCCCCCCGGGCCUCCUCACCCCCUCGACACACCCAGUUUGAUCCCUUCCCCUUCCUCCCAGACACAUCGGAUGCUGAGAACCAGCUGUCCCAGCAUGACCCUCCGCAGUUCCCCCCAUCUGUUUGUAUCGGGUACCGGGAUGCACCCCGGGCCUCCUCCCCACCGCGCCAGGCCCCCGAGCCCUCCCUCUUGUUCCAGGAUUUCCCCAGAGCCAGCACUGAGAGCCUGGUCCCCUCCACAGACUCUCUGCACGAGCCACCCCACAUCCCCACCCCUGUGUGCAUCGGGCACCGAGAUGCACCCUCCUUCUCAUCCCCACCACGCCAGGCCCCUGAGCUCUCCCUCUUCUUUCAGGACCCUCCUGGGACUAGUAUGGAGAGCCUGGCCCCCUCCACCGACUCUCUGCAUGGUUCCCCAGUGCUGCCCCCCGCAGUGUGCAUCGGGCACCGGGAUGCACCUAGAGCCUCCUCCCCACCCCGCCACCCACCCAGCGACCUAGCGCUCCUGGCACCCUCACCUCCUCCAGGCAGCUCAGGGGGCUCCCGGGGCUCAGCACCCCCCGGGGAGACCAGGCACAACUUGGAGAGGGAGGAGUACACCGUGCUGGCUGACCUGCCCCCGCCCAGGAGGCUGGCACAGAGGGAGCCAGGGCCCCAGGGCAGCAACGGGGGCCGAACCCGCAGCCCUGGCCGUGCAGAGGUGGAGCGCCUCUUCGGGCAAGAGCGCAGGUGA